CCGAAGCCGCCGGGUGCCACACCGCUCCACGUAUUGCCUUCCAGGUUGCUCCUCCGCGACGACAUCCCAGCCCACAAAGCGAAGACGGUGCGCCAGUUUAUGGCCAGCAUGCAUCCUGUCCUGGAUCACUCACCGAAAUCGCCGCAUUCGGCCUCAGACGACUUCUGGUUGUUCACCAGUACACCGCUAUGACGCAGCUAAGAAAAGGUUUGUUCUCAGGAGAGCACGCUAGCUGUUGAGCCAUGGCAUGGUGGUGGUGGCUGUUGGUGCAGUUAUUGGUGUGGUGCUGCGCAGGCGUGGUGGCGUUGCUGUGGUGGAUGUGGGUCACCAGACCCCAAGUCGAUAUUCCAGGGCCGCCCACGUGGCCCAUUAUCGGGAACGUUCUGGACUUACUCGAGCAUCCACUGACUCUCCAGAAGGCUCGAGACUUCCACCGCCAGUACGGAGAUUUGACGAGGUUCUACGUGGGCCCCAAACUGGUGAUAAUGGUCGCUCACCCAGACGACGUGCAGCACAUACUGGUCACGUCCAAGAUGGUGGAACGAGACCCCCUCACCACGAACGUUAUGCGGGUCAUCGUCGGUGACGGAUUACUUACCCUCAACGGCAGCCGCUGGAAGACACACCGCAGACUCAUCAACCCCACGUUCCACUCUGAGCUGCUGGGCAACUUCCUGGAGGCGUUCCACGAGGGCGGCCUCUUCCUGAGCGCGCGGCUGGCCGCCGACAGCAGGGGCGGCGCCGCCCCCGCCGACGUGCACGCCGCCGCGCUGUUCGCGGCGCUGCGCAGCUUCUGCACCACCGGCACGGGCGUCGACCCCGACCUGCUCAUCCCGGACGACCUGUCCGAGCGAGAGGUCUCCGCCAUCGUGGCCGACGGCAUGACCCUCCUGCAGAAGAUGAUGGUGCGGCCGUGGACGCGGAGCAAGGCGCUGCUCCGUCUGACUCCAAAGGGCCGUGCCGUCUUCAAGUACCUGGCGCUGCUGCGGAAGCGGGUAGAGGAGGUCAUCGCCAUAAGGUCGGCGGCCAAAGAGGACGGACCGGCCAAGACGCGGCAGCGACUGCUGGAGACUCUGGUGAAGCCCGGCGGGCAGACCGCCGUGCCAGUCUCGGAGGUCCGGGACGAGCUCGUCACUAUGGCUCUGACCGCCACGGACACAACUGCCAUCUGCAUCAGCUACGUGCUGGCGGUGCUGGCGCUGCAUCCAGAGUGGCAGGACGCGGCCCGCAGGGAGCUGGAGGACGUCUUCGGCGAGGGCGGCGACUACCUGCGCGCUGCCAGCCUCGCGGAGCUGGCCAGCCUCAGGGUCCUGGAGAGCAUCAUCAAGGAGACGCUGCGGCUGUUCCCGGUGGUGCCGGUGCUCCCUCGGAUGGUCACGGAGGACAUCUGGUUGUCCAGAGGGCGGCUGCUGGUCCCGAAGGGCGCCAUGCUGGGCGUCAUGCCGUUCCUCACGCACCGCCUGCCGCAGUUCUUCCCAGACCCGCUCACGUUCGACCCCUCGCGCUUCCUGGAGGGUCGAGGCGGCGAGGACCACCCCUGCAGCUAUCUGCCGUUCGGACUGGGCGCACGAAACUGCGUCGGCUCCCAGUACGCGCGCCUCGAGAUGAAAGUCUUCCUGGCGACCGUCUUGAGACGACUCCGGUUCCUGCCGCACAGCCGCAGGGAGGACCUGGAAAACGCCGCACUCUCCGUCACCCUACACAGCAUCGAGCCGAUCCAAGUCUACUGUGUGCCUCUGCAAGAGUCUGGCCUGUAGCACCACCACCCGGCACACCCGCGGGCCUCAAUGGCGAACGCCCAGAGGUCCUUCUGUUGUCUGCCACUGGGAGAACUUCACACCAUACAUUCAGGGAUUCCAUUCAAUCAGGGGCUCUCGUGUGCCUAUCUGGGUUCUUAUCGCAUAGCUCACCAUUGCCAGAGCCCUCAGUCUCCAUAGCCAGUACCCAGACGAGAUUUUGUUUCCUGCUACAUAUACUAUAAGAAUCUGUAGAAUAAUACGUUCUCCGUCAACCUAUAGAUCUGAUGAACGUCUCGUUUGUGUCUUCGAGAAGACUAAAAUCAUCACUGUCCAUACUGCUGCGAUUCUGAUGUGUUUCCCCUUACUACAAUAGGUCUUGCUGGUCACCAUCAGGAGGUGCUUCUGUUCUGCUGCAGAGCAGCUAACUGGUCCAGAGAACAGAGCACCGGCUGCCAGCGCCCACACCGUGGUUCCCCACCGCAGCACACAUGACUGUCCACACUGAUCGGCACUAGCUGCACCUUUUGUGAUCAGUGGUUUCUGACGAGCAGU